AUGAGUCCUGUAGGCGUUCGCUGCGCGCAACUCCAAUCCGUGUUUGACGUUGCCCUAAACGUAGAAUCUCUCACGGGCUCGGGUGCAACUGCGCUGCGCCGUCUAUACGCCUUCACAGCCGGGACUGCCAGGUGCCGAGUGGGUCCGGAGCUAAGCCAAAAGUACGGCGUGGAAUCAGAUAACGCGCAAUUGGUGGUGUCAAUCACAAAUAAGGCUACUCUUGAGCAAGCCUGGUACAACGAGGUCCGCACUCGCAAGCCCCAGACGUUCAAGUCGGAUGCUGCGGCGCUGGUCGACCCCACGGACGGCGGCCGCACGUGCGACUUCUGCAAGUGGAGGACCCUCACGGCCGAGGACGCCUGGGGCCGCAUAGAGCGGGCUCAUGCCGUGACCGCCUCCAACCUCUUCAAGUACGGCGAGCCUGCCCACGGGCUGGUCCUAUUUAAGCACCACGACCCGUUGAGCUUCUCGCGGGAGCAGUUGGCGGACUUCCUGGCUGUGUCCGCGGACUGGUUCGCUGUGGCAGCUGCAGCGCAUCCUGAUGCGCGCCACCCGUUCUUCAUCUGGAACUGCGGGUCACGCGCGGGCGCCAGUCAGUUCCACGGGCAUGGGCAACUGAUGCUGACGACGGCGCCCGUACCGGCCCAGGCCCGUCUGUUGCAGCAGGCCGAGCUCCACUCAGUGGCACAUCCGGGCACGUCCCUCUACCGUGAUUUGGUGCAGGCGCAUGCGGCGGUGGGGCUGGCAAGGGUGGUGGGUCGAGGAGCAGACAGGUGCUGGCUGGUAGCUCACCUGGCGCCCCAGAAGGACAUGGAGGUGCUGCUGCUGGGGGGGGCCCUCACCAGCCCGGCCUUCGUGGCGGCACUGCACGCGGCGCUGAGGGCGAUGGUGGACGGUCUGGGCGUGCAGACUUUCAAUUGCGGUGUCCUCAACGUCCCGCUGGUACAGCAACAGCUACAGCGACAACAGCAGUGCCAUGAAGAGGCGGUGGUGGCGGGGGUGGCUGUGGAUGGCCCGGCGGGAAAUGGGGAGGCGGAAGCGGGGACGAUGGCCAAGGCGGCGGCGGCGGCAGCAGCUUUGGGCGGGGCUGGCGACAGUGAGGAUUUGUGGGGUCUGCCGCCUGCGAGUGAGGAGUGGCGACCGAUGAUGGCGAGGGUGGUGAGCCGGGGCAAGGUGAUGUCUCCCGCGAGCGACUUUGGCUGCCUAGAGGUUAUUGGGCACGCGUCCAUUGGUCACACGGAUCCGUUCCUGCUGAUUCGUAUGAUUGACGAACAGCUGGCAGCGGUGGAGAGGUGUGAAGGUCGGCAAUGA